ACUCGAUUCGUUCCCCCCAGACUUGACCUGGAGACGUCAACGCUCACACCGCAGAUUUUCUUCCGAUGCAUCCAGACCGUAGUACCGCAGUGAGCUAAAAAAUUCAAAUGACAAGACAGGAGUGAGUUGAUAUGCCCAUCGAUCGGAAUAGACAACGGGAGCUAGCUGGUGGCCAAACCAUGGUAGUGGUUGUUGCCGUCGUUCUCGCGCUCCUCCUCUCGCCGCUCGCUGCGGCCCAACCAUGGCAGUACUGCGGCAGCAGCGCCAUGUACUCGCCCAACAGCACGUACCAGGCCAACCUCGACACUGUAUCCGCCGCGCUCCCCCACAACGCCUCGUCGUCGCCGGCGCUCUUCGCCACAUCCGCCCAGGGUGCCGGAUCCGCUGACCGCAUCUUCGCGCUCACCAUCUGCCGAGGAGACGUCGACGCGCCGACCUGCUACGACUGCGUCACCGGCGCCUUCCAGGACGCGCGAGGCUCGUGCCCGUACGACAAGGAGGUGGCCGUCCUCUACGACGCCUGCUUCCUCUACUUCUCCGACCAGGACUUCCUCAACACCACCGCCAACGUGGGCCAGAUCACCCUGUACAACACGCAGAACGUCAGCGGCCGCGACGACCCCAACAGCCGAGGCGCCGCCCUCUUCACCCGGCAGGUGCGCGCGCUGCUCAACGGCACGGCGCGGUGGGCUGCGUACAGUUCGCCCAGGAGGUUCGCGACGGCGCGCAUAUACAACGGCAGUGUCGCGGUGCCGGUGCCGACGCUCUAUGCGCUGACGCAGUGCACGCCGGACUUGUCGCCCGGCGACUGCUGGGGCUGCCUGGAGGACCUGAUCGUGAAGUCACCAUUGACUGGGCGGACGGUCGGCGCGCGGAUCGCUGGGGUGCGCUGCAGCUACCGGUACGAGGACUACGCCUUCUACCGGGGGGAUCCCAUGCUGAACCUUGGGACACCGCCGCCAUACACUGAACCAACGGGCGGCCGACGCUCAGGAAAAAAGAGGAAGCUGUGGAUUCUAUCAAUAGCUGUUCCUCUUGUGACAAUUUUCUUAUGCAUAUUUUUCUUUGGAUGGGUAAGAAGGCUGAGAAAAGGGAAGAUGAAAUUGCAAGAACAACCCAUGGCUAAUUUGGCCAGAAAUGAAGACGUACCAAUGCUUUGGAGGAUUCAAGAGACGGAUUCAGAGUUCACAGUGUUCCAUUUCCCUCAAAUAGUGGAGGCUACCGCCAACUUCUCUGAAGAACACAAACUUGGACAAGGGGGCUUUGGCUCUGUAUACAAGGGCCAAUUUCCGAAUGGACUCGAAGUAGCAGUUAAAAGACUUGCGCCACAUUCUGGUCAAGGGUUUGUGGAGUUUAAGAAUGAAAUCCAUCUUAUAGCUAAACUACAACACACCAAUCUAGUUCGACUCCUAGGAUGUUGUAUUCAAGGGGAAGAACACAUAUUAAUCUAUGAAUAUAUGCAAAACAAGAGUCUGGACUUCUUCCUCUUUGAUGUAACAAGAGCAACAUUACUAACUUGGAACAAACGUCUUAAUAUAGUUGAAGGGAUAGCACAAGGUCUUCUAUAUCUUCAUAAGCUCUCCCGACUGCGCGUCAUACAUAGGGACCUGAAAGCAAGCAAUGUUCUCUUGGACAACGACAUGAAUCCAAAGAUAUCUGAUUUUGGGCUAGCAAAAAUAUUUAACUCAAAUGCUAUUCAAGGGAACACGGAUAAAGUAGUAGGGACAUAUGGCUACAUGGCUCCAGAGUAUGCUUCAGAGGGCGUCUUCUCGGUCAAAACCGACGUAUUUAGCUUUGGUGUGUUACUUCUUGAGAUUAUUAGCGGGAAGAGAAAUGCUGGUUUUCACCAGCAAGGAGCUUUCUUCAACCUGCUUGGCUAUGCAUGGAAGCUAUGGAAGGAGGGCAGAUGGUUUGAGCUUGUUGACGCAUCAUUAGAAGACAACCAAGACCAAACACUGGAGAUAUUGAAAUGCAUUACUAUUGCCCUGAUGUGUGUCCAGGAGAGUGCAGUUGAUCGCCCCACCAUGUCCGACGUAGUUGCGAUGCUAUCGAUUGAGACUAUGUCGAGCCUGCCACUACCAAAACAGCCGGCCUACUUCAACUUGAGCGCGACGGAUGGAGAGCUAUCCACUACUUCACCUAGCAGUGUAAAUGUUGUAACCACUAGCAUUUCAGAGGCUAGAUAGCAUACUAAUCUAGGUUUGGGUGAUGCAGUCUUACUAUGUAUUGCUUUCAUUUUGCCCAAUUACCAAACAUACAAUUUUCAUGCACAGGAUACUCUG